AGUGAAUGCUUGGCGCACGCGUCGGAUUUCAUGCGCUUGCUAUUCAUUCACUUUCGAACAAUCUAAGGGCACCUGGUGACAUCGAAAGUACGGUCAAUCUAUCUUGCAUCCACCUUUCAUUACACAGCUACCAACACCUACAACUUUCUUUGCGGGCCACCAACCCUUCAACGUGUCUCAGAGCCUAUUCAACUACCCCGCUCGUUCGCGCAUCACAGUCAAGAUGCCGCCCCGCUACUUCAAGAAUGACGAGCCGCUCAGCAGCAGAGAUCCUCACAAGCAACUGAUUGCUUCUCUUACCCGUCUCGUAUGCCAAUACCCUCCAGCUGAAGUGCGCGCUGGUGGCGGUAUCUACAACGGUCCAACCAGUGUCGCCUACCUAUUCCUGGUGCUCCAACAGCUUUACUCGGACCUGAUCAUCGAGGGUAUCCAGCUUGGUACUUGGUCGGCUACUUACCUGAAGCAAUCCCAAGAUCACAUCAAGUCGUUCCCAGGUCCUCGCGUCGGCAAGUGCGGCAUCGCAGAUGAUAUCCUAGCACUAUUGGCAAUUGGUGCCGCCAGUUCCAAGGAUGCCGACAUGGCAGCAGAGCUCUGCGAUUACUCCGCCGAGGUACUGGACGAUGCUAGCGAAAACGAGUGGCUGUAUGGUCGUGCUGGCUACCUCUACUAUCUCCGACUGGUCAAGGCAGCGUUUGUGGAUGACGCCAGGAUCUCACAGAUGAUCACAGAUACUCAGGACGAUGUCGUCGAGGCGAUCCUGAAGUCAGAAAGGCCAUGGAAGUGGCAUGGCAAGAGUUACGUAGGCGCUGUUCACGGCCUGAUCGGCAUCAUCACCCAAGUCACCUUGACCGAUCCCGAACGCUACUCGAGAGCUGUAGAGGCCGACCUCUCUGUUCUGCUCACUUACCAAUACGAGAGUGGAAACUGGCCCAGCAGCCUUCCACCCGGAAAAGACAAGCUGGUUCAUGUGUGCCAUGGCGCCCCAGGCGUUGUCAACUCCCUGCUGUCAAUCAAGAAUCACUUCCCCAAGCUCCAGAGCAGAAUCGACAGCGCAAUUCGUAAGGGCAGAGAUUGCAUCUUGGAGCGCGGCCUUCUGACCAAAGAGCCUUGCUUGUGUCACGGUAUGUCGGGCAAUGCUCUCGCACUCGAUGACGAACACUGCCAGCACUUCUUGACAUACACGACCGGCCACGAGAUGAAGGGACUAGAGAAGGAUGGCUUGGUUGAGAAGUCGGAUAGCCCGGAAUCGCUGUGGUGCGGUGAAGCUGGCCGUGCAUGGGCAUGGGCAGUCAUGGACAAGGGUCUACCCAAGAGACUGCUUGGCUACAACGACAUUUGAGAGAUUGUGAUAGCCGGCCGCCAGCCUUGAGAUUUUGGACGAUUUGCUCUGGAGGAAAUCUCGGAUGUGUGUAACGACGACGGCGGGCAGUUGCACACGAAUCCAGCACAAAGCACGGCGCGCGAUGCACGCGAUACAGGGCUGCAGGGGUACUUGCUAGCGGUUUACGACAUAACGAAUUGAUGCAUGAUGGAGGCCGUCGGAGGCAGGAAGAAGGCUGGAGCAUCAGCAAGGCGUGCCGGAGCGGGUUUGAAAGUCAAACACAGACAAACGAGGACAUGAUGGUUGCUGGGUAUAUAGCACAGAGCAAGACAGCAAUGACGAAGCAAACAAAGAUGCCAGACGUGUUUACAUGGCGCGCGUUGACUGUUUGAGGUUUAAAGGC